UAAGCGGCUGCGGGUCCCGCUCGGGCGGUGUUGGAGGCGGCGGCGCGUGCGGCUGGGGGAAGGGGAGGGAGGAGCUCGCGCUGCCCGGAGCAGCCCGCGCGCCGCCGCUUCCAGCAAGCAGCAGCGCCUGCCGGGUGGAGGGUCCAGUUCGCGCCGCGCGGACAAGGGCUGAGGCCAAGGCGGAGCGGCGCACGGGGGCAGCAAAGCCCCGGGGGAGGCGGCAACACCAUGGCCGGCCCCCCGCCGCCGCCCCCGGGCCAAGAGGCGCCCCGCUACCAAGAGUGGAUCUUAGACACCAUCGACUCGCUGCGCUCGCGCAAGGCGCGCCCGGACCUGGAGCGCAUCUGCCGCAUGGUGCGCCGGCGGCACGGCCCGGAGCCGGAGCGCACCCGCGCCGAGCUGGAAAAGCUCAUCCAGCAACGCGCCGUGCUCCGAGUCAGCUACAAGGGAAGCAUCUCGUACCGCAACGCUGCGCGGGUCCAGCCUCCCCGGCGAGGUGGAGCGCCCGCCGCCAGUCCGGCGGCCCCGCAGCGACCGGCCCGCACUUCCCCGCCCAGCGCUCCCGCCGCCACCGCGACGCCCCGGUCCUCCCAGCGUGCUGCGCCUCGCGCGGAGCCAGUCGCGCCGCCGCCUCCACUGCCGCCGCCGCCUCCGCCUCGUCGGACCGGACGGGAGCGACCGCCGCCGCCCGCAGCCCAGGAGGAAUCCUCCCCCGUUAGUCUGCGAGAGAUUGUGCGCUACUUGGGCGGGGACGGCGCCGCGCCGGGGGGCGGCCGAGUGACUCGAGGCCGAGCACAGGGGCUGCUUCAGGAGGAGAGGCUGGAAAGAACCCGCUUGGGUGGCGGCGGCGGUGGCGGCGGCAGCAGCAGCAACAGCGUCGCUUUGCCCAGGGCGGAGAGAGGCGCGCAGGCCCGGGCCCCCAACGCCAGACCAUACAGGAACAAGAAGACAGGGGAGGAGAUCAAAGGUGAAGAAGACGAGGACGAAGACGAAGAAGAGGAUGAAGUCUCCACUAUGUCUGAAGGCUCAGAAGUGGCACAAGAUUUUGAGGCCAGCAAUUACAGCAGACCUGGGACAGGCCAGGUGAAUGGUGACUGUAAGGACAGCAAGCAUGGUGGGAAAGAGGUCCCACUCAGCAGUGCCACCCCCAGAGACCUGCCCUCCCUAGAGGAAGCCUCUUUGAACAAAGGAUUGGAGCAUUCUCAGCAUGAAGGAAAUGAGCAAUGUCACACAAAGGCCUCUUGGCCUGGAGAAAGUGCCUGUCACCAUCUGGGAGGCAGCAAGAAAGAUGGCAGUGCCUAUCAGCAACCAGACAGAGCAGGUAGCAGUAAUAGAAGCCUUCUGGACCCUGUGGAAUGGACUGUCAGUGACGUUGUGGAUUAUUUCACAGAAGCUGGGUUUGCUGAGCAAGCUUCGGCUUUUCAGGAGCAGGAGAUUGAUGGGAAAUCUCUGCUGCUAAUGCAGCGCACUGAUUUGCUUACUGGCCCUCUCUAUUCGCCUGGGACCGGCCCUCAGAUCUAUGAGUAUCACAUCAAGGUCCUCCAGCAGUGCCACUUCGAAGAAGACGAGGGCGACUCCUUCAUGGGCUGAGGAGAACGGGCCAAGCCAGUGAGGGGGAGGGAGAGAACAGGGACUCUGUCAACGCUACGUGUCUCAGCCAUUUCAGCCUUCCUUUGCCUCUGAAAACAAGACAACAUUGUGGGGAAGGGCAAGGGCUUGGACCAUAUCUGGUGAGAGGAGGGAGGCAGAAAUGAUGACCCAGCUUUUGUGGCAUCCCUCUCCUGGUUAUCUGGUGACCCAAAAGACUGGCUCAGAGGGCUAAAAGCUCACUUCCUUCUCUCAUCUUGUCUAUUUGACCCGAUCCCAAGCUUUUCACUCACCAUAGUGCAUUGUCAGUUUGGGGGAAAGAUGAGGCAAUAUGGUUUUCCCCCUACUUCCCAAUCUUCAUCUGAGCUGAAAUAAUUUAUGUUCAGCACCCAAAUGGCUUCUCCUUUCCCUUUCCCCACAGUAGCAUUUGAUAGCCCUGAUGGCUCCUCCUUUCUUUUGGUGAUUGGCAAGAAAAAAUAGCUUGCUGGAAGUGCCAGGAGGUUUUAAUCAAAUAGCUUUUUAUUCUCUUUUCUGUUCAGGUAGCCUUUUUCGUUCCAAUUUUCAUGAUUGUUGCCCAAAGUCGAUUGCUUUUUAUUAUUAUUAUUAUUUUUUCUUCCCUGUUUUUUAAAAAUAUAACUAUUUAACUGGAAAAAAAUGAUUUAGUAUUCCCAGGUACCUUAGCCCUCUACAAAGGGGUAAUGGAACAGCUGAAAUGACUGUAUGUUAAGGGCAAAAGUGUGCAAGAGGGACUCCAGAUUUUGGGUUCUGCUCUAGAGAGAAGUGUCAUCUGGUAAUCAGUUUUGGAAAGAAGAAAGCAAAUGGGAGUAGAUGAUCUUCUGUCUAGUCCUAGAUGGAAAUAGACUUUAAGAGUUCCCACCUUAAUUUUCAGUAUUGUAAUCCGUGGGAUAAACGCGCGGUACCUUUACAUAAUCACCAAAAAAGUCUAAAAUAAAUGUAGGAUUUAUAGACGGGCUCUUUCCAGUGGGCAGAGAGUUAUAACUAUGUCUGUGCGUGUGGUAUGUUUUCAUUAGCAGUGAGUGUUCUUAUAUAAGGACUAUAUGGACCAUACCACCAAUAUUAAUGCUUUGGGGACAUAGAAACGAUAGGGAAUGGAAUUGGGUCAGAACCAUUUUUUUUUUCUAUCAAAAACCCAGGUGAUGGUUUUCCUGUCCUUAGGAUUGGCUUCUUCCUGUUUACAGCAGGCUAAAUUGCUAAAAGAUUGCAAUGCCAGAGGACACCGUACAUAUUAAGAAUUAUUCUUGGUAAACUUGAAAAAAUCAGGUGAUGGAGGCAUUAUGGUGGGCACGGUUAUACAACAUUCUAGGUUCUCAGUGGUUUUGCAGACCCAUUGUACUUAAUGUUGGCUAGGAAACAUCUGUUCACAAUUGGAAGUCAGUUUCGGUUUUUGCAUUAAAAACAAUGGGAACUUUAUGGAGGAUGCGGACAACUCUUUAGGAUAGAAUCUUAGACUGUAUACAGAACAUCAUUUCCAAAACUCCUCAUUGGAGAAUCAUGACAGAUCACUUCAACGGGUAUAAAUUAGGAAUGUAAAGGGAUCUUACUGAA